CCGGAUGUCUCGCUACAACCCGCUGAAGGCUAAGUCAUUCAAAUCGGAAGACUAGCGCGGAUCUCUUUCUCACCCGGAAGUCUGUGAAUGACUCUUCCGGAUUUGUCAGCAAAAGAACCGGAUGCCUCAAGAAAAGACCGGAACUCUCAGAAGCGGACAAAGGUCCCCUCGUCCAUCCUCAAGAGCUCCUACUCCAUUCUCCUGAGAGUGGCUGCCAGCCACUGGUUAGCCACUACCCACACCAACACUGUCACCAAAGCUAUGGGGAUGUUGUUGUACAAGAUCAAAAAUGAUGUUUCAGUCAACCUGGCCAGGGAAGGGUUUGCCAAAGAUGAUGCUGACAAGGAUGAACCACUGGAGCCACUGUUUCAAAUUGACUAUAGGCACUUUGAAGGCAAUCAUUUCAAUGACAUAGAGACUGUCCAAAGCCAUUUCAAGAGUGGAGUGUCAGCUUUGCUUCAGUACCUGGAUUCCAAGCUGCAGGCCAAUAAGGAAGAACUCAGUGUGAUGAAUUGCAAGAAGGUUGCUCUUGAGGAGGAGAACAGACAUCUUACCUGGCUGAAAGAAAUGGUUACUGACAAUGCUACAGCAGAGGAUGGAUAUAGCCAGGGGAAGAGUUCCCAUUGGGAGGAGGAUGAUGACCUUUCAGCCUAAUUCAUAUUGCAUUUGUAAACACUUGCAUUUCCUAAGCAGCUAUUUGAUUUUAGGGUUGUUCUGCCCUAUUUUUGAUUCCAAACAAUUUUCUUUCUUGGUUUGUGCUACAAUCUUUGUUUUUUGUGCUACUGGGCAUGCUUUUGUCUCGGCUAAACUUCAUUUGGUUAUUCGAAUUCUCUGUUUGGAUAUUUGAGGAUCUUCGCACUCAUGUUUUUGGCACUGAUGUUCUGUUUACUGCUCAAAUGUUACUUUCUCUCCGACAUGGUGUAGGUACAACCCAAACCAGCCACUGUGUUCACCUUUACUUGUACCUCUCUUGCUAAAGGUUUUAAUAUUACUCUUCCUUGUCCCCCCUAGAACUUCUUAAUAAACUUUGGAUCUUUUG